CGUGUAGAUGAGUUCUAAUUAUUUCGAAAACUAUUAGAUGAAAAAUGGGGAAAAAGAAGUCAAAUCCUAGGCAGGUCAGCAUUGCUGAAAGAGCGCCCUAUCAGAAGUCAGUUAAAAAUACUGCUCAGGAGCGUUCAAGUGUUUCCGUGCCAAAUACCCGUGAGAAUUUUGAGAGUGUACCGCGUCAACGUGGACGUCCUCGCAAGGUUCCUCUUGAUGAGGCGGCAGCCGUGCGGGAAGAUGACGUUGGCGCCGUCAUCUCCAAGGCCUUGCACCUGGUAAAAACCAACAACAAACCCAUUUUAACUCAGCAGAACGGAUUUUCUCGUAAUCUCAAGGCAGAUGCAAUUAUGGGAGCCUUUCUCCUGGACGGUGAGCUGGUAUUUGCCGUGAGAUUUAAGGGUCGCAAGUUACCCCAAUUUAUACAAGCCCAAGAAGUGCAUGUUCGAGCUCCCAUCUUAUAUAUUCAAUAUUAUGUAGCUAAUAUGAACUAUGACUAAUUUCAAUACUACAUAUACUUAUGCAGGACUUAGACAAUCAUACAUGAUUCGAAAUA